AUGGGUUUAAUCACUUCACGGAGUCAACAAACCAGUCAACAGGAUACAGUGAAAAUCAGUGAAUGUCCGGUUGGCAAAGGCAGUCAAGGAUGUCCCAUGAAUCAUGGUACUACAGACUUUAAUAUGGACAAUAUGAUGCCUCCUCCGAAUCAACUCCCAAGUCCUGGGCAACCUUUUCAACUAUCCACUGAUCGUGAAGUAUCUUCUAUCCCUAAAGCAGAUGAUUCAAAUGGCGGGAAAUGGGUCUAUCCAUCAGCUCAAAUGUUUUGGAAUGCAAUGCUGCGUAAAGGCUGGCGUUGGCGAGAUGAAGAUAUUAAACCUGAAGAUAUGAAUAAUAUUAUACGCAUACAUAAUGUAAACAAUGAAAUAGCCUGGCGUGAAGUUUUGAAAUGGGAAGCUUUACACGCCCAUGAAUGUAUGACACCGAAAUUACGGAGAUUUGCUGGAGACGCAAAGAAUUAUUCACCGAGGGCUCGAAUCAGACAUGCUAUGGGUUAUGAAUUACCCUUUGAUCGUCAUGAUUGGGUGGUGGAUCGUUGCGGAAAAGAGGUGCGUUAUGUGAUCGAUUAUUAUGAUGGAGGUUCUGUAGAUGAAACAUACCAGUUUGCCAUAUUAGAUGUAAGACCUGCAUUGGAUUCGUUCAGUGCAUUAUGGGAUCGCACUCGAGUUGCUUGGAUGCGUUUCAAAUCUCCUGAUCCGCCUGCAAAGCCAGGGCCACAUGAUCCAACAUUUCCAAAGAAGAAUACAACGUCAUGA